AGCUGCUUCACCUCAGCCCCAAUCCUGUGAGCGGGGGAUGGUGUGUGGGCGUGGGGGGGGGAGGCAGCAUAUGAUCCCAUCAGCACAUCGAGAGCCCCCCCAUUCCAGAUCUUCUGCAGCGAGGCGCGAUGACGGAGGUUCUGGAGAGCAGGCCCUUCGGCUCGCAGUUUUCCAACGUUUACCUCACCAUCUUCGCUCUCUUCUGCUUCAAGCUCUUCAUCAAGAUCAGCCUCAACAUCCUCACGCACUUCUACGUGGUCAGGGGGAACCGCAAGGAGGCCGCUCGGAUCGCAGCCGAGUUCUACGACUUCGGCCAAGGGCACAGGUCAUGGGCCGACCGGUCGCCGCUGCACGAGGCCGCGUGUCAAGGGCGCCUCCUGGCCCUACGGACCCUGCUGUCUCAGGGCUACAGCGCCAAUAUUUUCACCAUCGACCAUGUGACCCCUCUCCACGAAGCCUGUCUGGGGGACCACGUGGCCUGUGCGAGGGCGCUCAUCGAUGCCGGUGCCAAUGUGAACGCCGCUACCAUUGAUGGGGUGACGCCGCUCUUCAACGCCUGCUCGGCGGGCAGCAUCACGUGUACCGAGCUGCUCCUGGAGCACGGCGCCAAGCCCCAGGCUGAGCCGUGCCGGCCGUCGCCCAUCCACGAAGCCAGCAGCAAAGGCAGAAACGGGUGCGUCGAAGCCCUGAUCUCUUGGGGGGCCGACGUGGACUACGACAUUCCUCACCUGGGCACACCGCUGUACAUAGCCUGUGUGUCCCAGGAGCUGCAGUGCGUUCGGUCGCUGCUGGACGGAGGCGCCAACGUGCAGAAGGGCCGUUUCCUGGAGACGCCCCUGCACGCAGCCGCCCAGAAGAACUGCCCCGACAUCAUAAAGGUGCUGCUGGAAUUCGGCGCCAGCAUCACUUCCCGGAACUUGGAGCUGAAGCGGCCGGUGGAGGUGGCCCCGCCAGGUAGCCUGGCCGAGGGCCUCCUCCUGCUCUACGAAGCCACACCCAGCUCGCUGUGUCAGCUCUGUCGGCUUGGAAUCAGGCGCUACAUGGGUCGAUCGCGACUUCACCUCAUCUCCCAGCUCCAGCUGCCUACCCUGCUGAAGAAAUUCCUGCAGUACAGAUAGAAACCCCCUGCUGGCCCCGCCCACCUACCCCACCGUGCCCCGCCUACUUGGAGUGACUAUCAACAUGCAAAGCAGAAUGUAACAUCCUUGGCACUUUUUCCGUUAAUCAUUGUGUAAGUAACUCUGGUGUGCAUAAUUCAUACUUUGCAAAUCAUGCUGUUCCGUUGCUUUCCGGAUCGCUCCGUCUGCUGAGACAUUUGCUUCUGUCGCCCUGUGAGAAGAUGUCCUCUACAGAACUCCCCCCUUCACUUCCACUCGUACAAAGCUGCAGUGUCGGUGUCAAUCCACAUACCAGCUCUCACUACCACAUUGAAAAGAACAUCUGGAACAUACUAGAAAAACAGCCACAGUGUUAGCGUUUCAUCUUGUAAAUUAAUAUUUCAUUUCAUUACAUUACACAUUUCAGUUGCACAACAGGUUUUUUUUUCUUAACAAAAGAAUAUACAAAAUGUACAAUAAUGUCCAUUUACACAGCUGAAAUGUUUCAGCUUUUCCAAGAGACCCUGUUAAGACCUUUGCAGGGACUCGAACCUGCAACGUUCUCAUGAGAAAUCCAGGACCUGAAGUGUUGUAUAUUAGGCCCCGACCCCAGUCCGUAUGGCAUUCUUUUAACUGCACAUAUCCAACUCAGCUAAGUGGAUACUGAUUUACUGCGGUACAACUUCUACCAUGGCUUUCAUACAGAAUUAUAUGAAAUAUAAAAAUACUUUAAGUACUCAAACAUAACUGUGCAUGUUACGUAGCACAAGCUAUCUGAGGUUACACUGCGGGGCAAGGACUUUCCUUGCAUGUUGUGUUCAUCCUGUCGAGGUUUACCACAGUAAUGAGAGUUCUCACAGUGCUGUUUUGUGUAAAUCGUGAGCUGUGUGUGUGUUCAUUGGAUCCUGUGGACGUGUUCUUUCGUGGUCACACUCUGAAUGUAAACUACAGCCAUACAUUAACCAAAGUGUUUCUGCUGACCUUCUUCCGACAUAACACAUAUUAACAAAUAAAAUAAUUUUAAUAGGAUGACCACUGACUGCUUUGUUCUUUUUUUCUGAUGUACCUUAAAUACAGAUUUUAUAUUUUUUAUGCUGAGGUACGUAUAGGAGAUUAACAGGCCUCAUAUCACUAAAAUCACAUUCCUCACCUGAAGGGCGAAAAAAAAGAGAAUUGUUGAAUUAAUAUUGGAUCUACUUACAUUAAUUAUCAACAGUACAAAUGGACCAAGUGAUUAAUAUCCUCAAGUAUAAAACUCUGAAAAUAGU